CAGUAUGUGCCAUUUGUUAGAAGAGGUUUACCAUUGAGUUAAAAAGAAGAAGUUGUUGAGAAAAACAGUGAGUACUAUCGUGGAAAUGAUCGAAAUACGUGAUAAAGUCGUGGUAAAGAAUGAGAUGGUCGUUUAAAAAAAUAUAUACUAUGUUCAGCCCUAUUUAAAGUUCAUAGUCAAGUUUAUGCAAUUAACAUAAUCGAAUAUGCUACUCUGAAAACGGAAGCUACUGGUUGUUCGGUUGGUGAAUUAGACGUUUGACGUUUCAGAUCACCGCUUUCGCUCCACUAGCUAGCUAAUCAUACAGCGGACUAUUUGUCCACUCAUGCACUAGGCCCUAUGUUAAACUAUUUGACAACCGCCUCCAGAUUAUUUCUCCGAAACACCGUGCCCAUCUCGUCGAGGGGUAACUACAACAUAAUUUGUCGGUUUUACAGGAGAAUGGAUCGAGCCGUGGUAAGAUGUGUCCCGUGGGAAUCCAAACUCACUAUUUCCUUCGUCCUUGAUGGGAGCAACAAACACAUGCUCAGGGACCAGACCGAGGAGCUUGGCAAAGCACUGGCACGGAUCGCUAACAGUAUCAUCAAGGGCCAGGGCAAAGCUAAAAAAUACAAGAAAAACAAAGGCGCGCCCACAGACGCCCAGGAGCCCGCUGCAGCGGUGAGGCUGUACUACAACGGAGACUUUGUGGCAGAGGAUGCUCUAAACUCCGAUGCCUGGCAGGAUGGGGCAGUCUUACACGUGGGUGACCGUAAGUACACAGUGGAGAGGAACCCUCCCACAUUCACCACGGCAGAGCUGCCCGCUUCUCUACUGGCCGGGUUCCCCGUGUGCCCGAAGCUCAAGGUAGAAUUCGGGGAUUUAAAAGACUGUCGGUUUAAAUGGUUCAAGGAGAGCAAGUCCGGUGCAGGUGAUGAGGAGCAUCGAGGAGAGAAUGGUUGGACCGAGGCCGGGAGCGAACGAGUGUUCAUCCCGUCAAAUAUGGACAUUGGCUCCAAGCUUAAACUGACGUGCACGCCGGGUGACGGCAAACGGUGUGGGAUGGACAAUGAGUUAGUAACCACCGGUACAGUCGAGGCAGGGCCCGGUUCCUGUACCUUUGACAACAGACACAUGUACACCAACAAGGUCACAGAUGACAUGACCGUCAGAGUAGUGUCAUACAACAUCUUAGCUGACGUUUACGCACAAACAGACCUCUCCAAAACCGUCCUUUACCCUUAUUGUACUCCCUACGCAUUGGAACUGGACUACAGACAAAGUCUGAUAAAAAAAGAGCUGUCCGGCUAUAAUGCUGACGUCAUCUGCCUUCAGGAAGUGGAUAAGAGCGUGUUCGCCGACAGUCUGUCUCCGGCCCUGGAUGCGUUCGGCUUCGACGGGGUCUUCAGGAUUAAGGAGAAGCAGCACGAAGGUUUGGCCACCUACUACAGGAGGUCAAAGUUUAAACUGCUCAGUCAACACGACAUCAUGCUGAGUGAAGCUCUGACGUCAGACCCUAUCCACGAAGAACUGUCGGACAGAGUGAACAGCAACCCUGCCUUGAAGGAGAAGGUGAUGCAGAGAUCUACCACACUACAGGUGAGUGUCCUUCACUGUCUGAGCGAUCCAUCCAAGAAGAUCUGUGUUGCCAACACCCACCUCUACUGGCAUCCCAAAGGUGGGAAUGUACGUCUGGUCCAGAUGGCAGUAGCUCUGAAACAGCUGCAGCAGGUGAUCACCCAGAGUUACCCCGACGCCUCGCUCCUCUUCUGCGGCGACUUCAACAGCACCCCGUCCUCGGGGGUCUUCCAGCUGGUGAGCCAGGGGGUUCUGCACAGCACCCACCCGGACUGGAGCUCCAACGGACAGGACGAGCUCUGUCCCAUGGAGGUCUCCAACCCCUUCCAGCUGAGUAGCGCCUGCGGGGAGCCGGCCUAUACUAACUACGUAGGGGGCUUCCACGGAUGCCUGGACUAUAUCUUCAUGGACCCGCGGGUGCUGCAGGUAGAUCAGAUGAUCCCUCUGCCCAGCCACCAGGAGGUCACUACCUGUCAGGCCCUCCCCAGCGUCUCACACCCCUCUGACCACAUAGCGCUGGUCUGUGACCUCAAGUGGAAGUAAAGCUCUCCCUCCUGUUUACAGCAGUCUGUGGCUGAUCAACCAUGUCUGUCUCUGUACCAGGGCCCCUACAGUGUGUCUCUAUACCAUGUCUGUCUCUGUACCAGGGCCCCUACAGUGUGUCUCUAAACCAUGUCUGUCUCUCUACCAGGGCCCCGGCAGUGUGUCUCUGUAUCAGGGCCCCUACAGUGUGUCUCUAAACUAUGUCUGUCUCUGUACCAGGGCCCCUACAGUGUGUCUCUAAACUAUGUCUGUCUCUGUACCAGGGCCCCUACAGUGUCUCUAAACUAUGUCUGUCUCUGUACCAGGGCCCUGACAGUGUGUCUCUCUACCAGGGCCCCUAUAGUGUGUCUCUAUACCAUGUCUGUCUCUGUACCAGGGCCCCUACAGUGUGUCUCUAUACCAUGUCUGUCUCUAUACCAGGGCCCCUACAGUGUGUCUCUGUACCAGGGCCCCUACAGUGUGUCUCUAUACCAUGUCUGUCUCUGUACCAGGGCCCCUACAGUGUGUCUCUCUACCAGGGCCCCUACAGUGUGUCUCUAAACUAUGUCUGUCUCUCUACCAGGGCCCCUAUAGUGUGUCUCUAUACCAUGUCUGUCUCUGUACCAGGGCCCCUACAGUGUGUCUUUGUACCAGGGCCCCUAUAGUGUGUCUCUAUACUAUGUCUGUCUCUCUACCAGGGCCCCUACAGUGUGUCUCUAUACCAUGUCUGUCUCUGUACCAGGGCCCCUACAGUGUGUCUCUGUACCAGGGCCCCUACAGUGUGUCUCUGUACCAGGGCCCCUAUAGGGUGUCUCUAUACCAUGUCUGUCUCUCUACCAGGGCCCCUACAGUGUGUCUCUGUACCAGGGCCCCUACAGUGUGUCUCUGUACCAGGGCCCCUACAGUGUGUUUCAGGGUUCUGACCAACUAGUACUUCUCUUGUUUAAAUAAAAAUGAUCAGUCUGGGAACUGAAAUAGCAGUGAGCAGCCUCCCUGAGACCAGGGCCCAUAUCCAUAAAGCUUCUCGGAGUAGGACUGCUGAUCUAGGAUCAGGUCAUAAAGCUUCUCAGAGUAGGACCACUGAUCUAGGAUCAGGUCAUAAAGCUUCUCAGAGUAGGACCACUGAUCUAGGAUCAGGCCAUAAAGCUUCUCGGAGUAGGACCACUGAUCUAGGAUCAGGUCAUAAAAGCUUCUCAGAGUAGGACCACUGAUCUAGGAUCAGGUCAUAAAGCUUCUCGGAGUAGGACCACUGAUCUAGGAUCAGGUCAUAAAGCUUCUCGGAGUAGGACCACUGACCUAGGAUCAGGUCAUAAAGCUUCUCGGAGUAGGACUGCUGAUCUCGGUUUUCCCUUUUGUAGAGCAUUCUGAUUAUAUACUGUAUGGACAAGGGGGAGCUGAUCCUGGAUCUGUAGUCCUACUGCCGAGAUGCUUUCUGAAUACUUGUCCAGUGUUGAGAAACUGACCAGCCCCCCCCCGCCGAGAUGCUUCCUGAAUACUUGUCCAGUGUUGAGAAACUGACCAGCCCCCCCCCGCCGAGAUGCUUCCUGAAUACUUGUCCAGUGUUGAGAAACUGACCAGCCCCCCCCCCCCGAGAUGCUUCCUGAAUACUUGUCCAGUGAUUGAGAAACAUUAAUCUAGUCAAAUCCAUUAUCAAUGGGAUGUGGAGGAUCAGUUUGCUGAGUAAUGAAAUGGUUUGUUCUUCAUUAUAUCCUUCAACCAACAAGUGGAUCCACGUAUGACUGCUGUUUAUCAUACAGAUAGGACCUUAAUGCCUUUGAUUAUUCAGUUGUAAUUGAAUUGAAUAAAGAUGAGUCUUGCUCUCCAUCACACAAACCCAUCAGUGAUGGAAACAAUUG